CUCGGCGGCUGGAGACUCGCAGGCUGCGCUCCUUCUCCUCCCCCCCGGACACCUCCUCCUUCACCUCCUGCUGCCGGCCCCCAGCCCUGGCCCCGCCCCCAGCCCUGGCCCCGCCCCCUCCAGCUCCACAAGCUGUGGUAAGUUUUCGUUGUUUUACAUCAGCUGUCUCUGUUUGUCCUGUGAUGGACUGGAGACGUGUCCAGGUGUCUCUGUCCUCUCAUGUACAGGUUUCCCUCUCCUCACCUGUCCAGGUGUCUCUAUCCUCACCUGUGCUCACCUGUCUAGGUGUCCCUGUCCUCACCUGUCCAGGUGUCCCUUUCCUCACCUGUCCUCACCUGUCCAGGUCUCCCUGUCCUCACCUGUCCAGGUGUCUCUGUCCUCUGGGACGGUUCUCCAGCACCCUGCCACUCUGCCCGGGAUAAAGGAGGAUUAAUGAAUAUAAAUAUUAACAAAUGAUGUAGAAAAGGACAGGCUGGACUUCGGCUCUGUUCGGCUUCUUUCGGAAAGAUUCGCUUCAUCAAGUUACGUCAACAGCUGCCACUAAAACCGGAAAUGCACUUUCAAAGUAAUGCGCCUUUUCUGCUGAAUGAAUGAACGGUUUGAAACCCUCCUUUUUAGGCGAUUCGGGGUUAAAAAUUAAAAAGAAAAACCCCAGGUUAUUGAAGAGAGUGCAAAAUAACACAGGUUAAUCAAUGAUGACAAAAUGUGAACCAAGAGACCCACAAUAACGUGACAACAGAAAUAAAAGACCGGGAGAGAAGACGCCAGCCACACUCUGGGCUUUUUCUCUGCUUUAUCAUCGAAUCACCUGGACGGUCGCACCUGGUUUUAUUGUGAAAACCCCGGGCGGAAGUGUGGUCCACUUAGCCGUUAGCUUGUUAGCCGCGGCGGCCCGGGCGGGCGGCGCUUCAUCCUAGAGCCGAACCGGAGCGGCGGCACCGGCACGACCCGAGCAGGAUGGAGCCGUGACGGCCCGAGGAGGAGCCCCGAUGACCGGAGAGAGUCCGGUGGAGGUUGCAGAGGACAUGACGGACCAGCUGGACCUGGAGGAUGCUGUGUCCCAGGAGUCGGAGAGAGACAUCUACAUGCGUUUCAUGAAAUGUCACAAGUGUUACGACAUCGUCCCCACCAGCUCCAAGCUGGUGGUGUUCGACACCACCCUGCAGGUGAAGAAAGCUUUCUUUGCUCUGGUGGCGAACGGCGUGCGAGCUGCUCCGCUGUGGGAGACCAAGAAACAGAGCUUUGUGGGGAUGUUGACCAUCACAGACUUCAUUAACAUCCUGACCAGAUACUACAAGUCUCCCAUGGUGCAGAUCUACGAGCUGGAAGAGCACAAGAUCGAGACCUGGAGAGAGCUGUACCUGCAGGAGACCUUCAAACCUCUGGUCCACAUCUCACCUGACGCCAGUAUCUUUGAGGCGGUGUACUCCCUCAUUAAGAAUAAGAUCCACCGGCUGCCCGUCAUCGACCCGGUCAGCGGGAACGCCCUCUACAUCCUGACCCACAAGAGGAUCCUCAAGUUCCUGCAGCUGUUUGUGUGUGAGAUGCCCAUGCCGGCCUUCAUGAAGCAGACUCUGGAGGACCUGGCGGUAGGAACCUACACCAACAUCGCCUUCAUCCACCCGGACACUCCGCUCAUCACCGCGCUGUCCGUCUUCACACACCGCCGCGUCUCCGCCCUGCCGGUGGUCGACCACAACGGAAAAGUGGUCGAUAUCUACUCAAAGUUUGACGUUAUUAACCUGGCUGCAGAGAAGACCUACAACAACCUGGACCUGACAGUCACGCAGGCUCUCAGACAUCGGUCGCAGUACUUCGAAGGAGUCAUGAAGUGCAACAAGCUGGAGACUCUGGAAACCAUCGUGGACCGAAUCGUCAAGGCUGAGGUUCAUCGGCUGGUUGUUGUUGAUGAAGAGGCUCGUAUUGUCGGCAUCGUCUCUCUGUCAGACAUCCUGCAGGCUCUGGUUCUCACACCUGCAGGUCUGGGGAGGAAAGAGUCUCUCCCCUCUCAGCUGACACCCCUGAAUUCAUCAGAGACAUGUGGGACUGGACCAGACCAGGACUGGAACCAUGUGAAAGACCAAGACCAGGAAACGCCCUCAACUCAGGACCAGAACGAGCUUCUGGACCCCGAGUCUGGGACAGACAGCAGACCUGGACCGGGUCAGGACUCCUCAGAGUCCAGCUACAGGGAUGCUGGCCCUACAGAGACAUGCAGGGCAUCACAGGGGGAGACAGAGACAACACAGUUGGAGACAGAGACAACACAGUUGGAGACAGAGACAACACAGGAGGAGACAGAGACAACACAGGGGGAGACAGAGACAUCACUUGUGGAGACAGAGACAUCACAGGGGGAGACGGAGACAUCACAGGGGGAGACAGAGACAUCACAAGGUGAGACGGAGACAUCACAGUUGGAGACAGAGAUAUCACAGGGGGAGACAGAGACAACACAGUUGGAGACAGAGACAACACAGGGGGAGACGGAGACAUCACAGGGGGAGACAGAGACAUCACAGGGGGAGACAUCACUGGUGGAGACACAGACAUCACAAGGGGACACGGAGACAUUGUAAGGGGAUACAGAGACAGACAUCACAAGGCGAGACAUCAUGGGUGGGACAGAGACAAACAUCACUGGGGGCACAACACAGGGAGACAUCACAAGUGGAGACAUCAACAUCAUGGGGGGACAACAUGGGGAGACAUUACAGGAGACAAAGGUAGAGAUACCACGGGGGACACAGACAUCACAGGGGUAGAUGUGUCCUGGUUUAGGACGAAAUGUCCUUUUGCACAGGGCGGGGCCAAUCUGCAGGGGGUGGGGUCAGUCUGCAGGGGGCGUGGGCAGUCUGUAGGGGGUGGGGCUAGUCUGCAGGGGGCGGGGCCAGUCUGUAAGGGGGGCACUCAGCACACACUCGUAGACACAGCAUACCUUCAUUACCACAAUAUGUAAACAUUAUUCUCUAUGUGACCUUUGACCCGGGCGUCCUCUGGGAUUCUGGGUUUGUAGUGUUGUAGAGCACUGUGAUCUUGAGUGGCGUUUCCAUGGAGACCAGCGUGGAAACACAGUCCUAACCCCUCAUAACACCCGGGACAUGCAGAAUAUUUCAAACUGAUGGUGGACCAAGUCCAUCCCCUUCUCGUCCCCUGAACCUUCUGUGGCGUCUCCACGGCUCCACACUCUUCCUGUGAUGGACAGUCUGCUGGACACGUCCAACUGAAGGCCCACGUCUCCGUCUGAGCCUCGUCCUCGUCUCACAAUUGUGUGUGAGGAACCUCUAAAUAAAAUGUAAUCCAGUGAAACUAAGUCUUCUUCUGUCUGUUUGAGAUGUCCAACCCGUCACACCAGGGACAGGAAGUCUUCAGACACGUCCAACCCGUCACACCAGGGACAGGAAGUCUUCAGACACGUCCAACCCGUCACACCAUGGACAGGAAGUCUUCAGACACGUCCAACCUGUCACAACAGGGACAGGAAGUCUUCAGACAACAUU